AUGGACAAAGUCUUAUCGCGCGACUACCACCCCGUCCCUAAAGCGGACGCUGAUGGCGACAGCGAUGCCACCAUCACAGACAGACCUCCCCACCGAGGCUUGCAGCAAUUCCUGAAACGGAACCUCACUGCAAUCACCAUCAUCGGCCUUCUCAUAGUACUGCUACUCCUGAUGAUUGCUGUAAUCACCGCCAUCGCUGUGGAACCGUUCCACAAGGUCGUUGUCGUAAAAGGACCAUCCUCUGACUCCCUUGCAUACCCCGAGACACUCGAAGGCAAACGACAGUGCCUACCACCUGCUCCACGAGUAAGAUACUCGUGCGGCAACUCAACGAAGGAGGCCGAAUCCCUUGGCUGCGCUUACGAUCCUCUUGCCGGCUGCUGGCUACACAAAGAAUGUCCGCAUGACUUCACGCACGAGUUCGCACAUUUCAACAAUGGCAAGCCGUUUGUCUAUUUCUAUGAUGAGGCUGCUACACAGCAGAUGAAGGACUACACCGAACUCGGCAAUAACCCGGACUUCUAUUGGACUGCUGUCCGUGAGCAUCUAGUCCAUUGCCUGUAUCUUCUUCGACGAGGUCAUGAUGUUCAUAUGCGUGGUGAUCGUCUGGAUAAUAUGCUUGGGGAUCUGGAGCAUGUUGAUCAUUGCACGGACAUGCUGGCUAAUUGGCUGCGAAGACCGGAUCCCGCGUUGGAAAAGAUAGGCACGCAGGGGCAGACUCAUUGCUUUAUGUCUUGCGCUUGA